GCGGCGCCCCCGGCUGCCCCGACAGCGGCCCCCGCGGCACAGACGCCCCAGCCCCCCACCGCCCCCAAAGGGGCCAGCGACGCCAAGCUCUGCGCUCUCUACAAAGAGGCCGAGCUUCGCCUGAAGGGCAGCAGCAACACCACGGAGUGUGUACCGGUGCCCACCUCCGAGCACGUGGCCGAGAUCGUGGGUAGGCAAGGCUGCAAGAUUAAAGCUCUGAGGGCCAAGACCAACACCUACAUCAAGACUCCAGUGAGGGGCGAGGAGCCCGUUUUUAUGGUGACCGGCCGACGGGAGGACGUGGCAACAGCCCGACGGGAAAUCAUUUCAGCAGCUGAGCACUUCUCCAUGAUCCGGGCCUCCCGCAAUAAGUCAGGCUCCGCCUUUGGUGUGGCGCCCGCCCUGCCCGGCCAGGUGACCAUUCGUGUGCGGGUGCCCUACCGUGUGGUGGGGCUCGUCGUGGGCCCCAAGGGGGCAACCAUCAAGCGAAUCCAGCAGCAGACCAACACCUACAUCAUCACACCAAGCCGGGACCGAGACCCGGUAUUCGAGAUCACGGGAGCACCGGGCAAUGUGGAGCGAGCACGCGAAGAGAUCGAGACCCACAUCGCCGUGCGCACUGGCAAGAUCCUCGAGUACAACAAUGAAAAUGACUUCCUGGCCGGGAGCCCCGACGCCGCGCUCGACAGCCGCUACUCGGAGGCCUGGCGGGUGCACCCGCCCGGCUGCAAGCCCCUCUCCACCUUCCGGCAGAACAGCCUGGGCUGCAUCGGCGAGUGCGGGGUGGACUCCGGCUUUGAGGCCCCGCGCCUGGGAGAACAGGGCGGGGACUUCGGCUACGGAGGGUACCUGUUUCCGGGCUACGGCGUGGGCAAGCAGGAUGUGUAUUACAGUGUGGCGGAGACGAGCCCCCCGCUCUGGGCGGGCCAGGAGAACGCCACGCCCACCUCGGUGCUCUUCUCCUCCGCCUCCUCUUCCUCCUCUUCGUCGGUGAAGGCCCGGGCCGGGCCUCCUGGCGCGCACCGCUCGCCCGCCUCUUCCGCGGGGCCUGACCUUGCAGCACUCCCCAGACGCCCGCCCGGAGAACCGCUGCAGGGCUUCUCUAAACUCGGGGGGGCCGGCCUGCGGAGCCCUGGAGGCGGCCGGGAUUGCAUGGUGUGCUUUGAGAGUGAGGUGACUGCUGCGCUUGUGCCCUGCGGACACAACCUGUUCUGUAUGGAGUGUGCGGUACGCAUCUGCGAGAGGACGGACCCAGAGUGUCCCGUCUGCCACAUCACAGCCACGCAAGCCAUCCGAAUAUUCUCCUAA